AUGGAGAAGCCUGGUCCAAAAAAACGAAAAAGACCAGAAAAGUCGGUAAUUGAAGAAGCAGUCAGUGAAGUUUUGGAGAAAGGUCAGUCCAUAAACAAAACUGCACUUAUCUUUAAUAUAUUGAGGGCAUAUUUAGCUAAAAUAGUUAAAAAAGUAAAGGCUUCUGGUGAAACAGUUUAUAAACACUGUCCUAAUAUAGGAAAUAAGCGUAUUUUCACAACAGACCAGGAGAAUAUGCUUGCGGAUUAUUUAAAGAUUGCUUCUAAAAUGUGCUAUGGCCUAACAAGGCAACAAACUAAGAAGUUGGCAUUUGAUUAUGCCAUGGCCAAUGACAUCACUCCAGAUAAAUGGAAGGAAAUUAAAAUUGCGAGUGAUGAUUGGUUAAAAGGGUUUAUGGGCAGACACAAAGAUUUAACUGUGAGAAAACCUGAAAGCACUUCUCUAUCCCGUGCGACAAGUUUUAAUAAAACGAAUGUAAACUCAUUUUUUGAGAAGCUAAGCACUGUUUUGCGCAAAUACAAUUUUCCUCCCCAUAUGAUUUUUAACGCCGAUGAAACAGGCUGCAGCACCGUCACCAAUCCUCCUAAAGUCAUAGCUGAAAGAGGUUCGAAACAAAUUGGGCAAGUUACCUCAGCUGAACGAGGAAGGAACAUUAGUAACAACUCUGUUCUUUAUUAA